GAUCUCCCCCAGUGAAGUGCAGACGGGGGAGAAGAGGGCAAGAACGGCAGGAAGAAAAGAGCUCAGACAAAAGAGACGCAGCUCGGACUUUUGUUUACGUCCUCUCACACUCUGGAUUAGUUGACAACUUUUUGGAGAUACUCGUUUUUGUGGAGUCGCUCACUUCGGAACUGACGGCCGCUUAUUUGUUAUUCGCAGAUAUUUAAUUGUCCUCACUUUGGAUGUUUACGCAGUCAUGUGUCAACUCUGACAUGCACAGCACGCCCAGCACGAACAGAGUCCAUGGGAGCGCAGUGACCACACAGCCGAGUGCAGGACGUCCCCGGCCCGAGUCGACCGAGAGCCGCAGAGAGCAAAGCACCAGCUUCUGCUUGCCCGUCGCCGAAGAAGAAGGAAGAGGAGGCGGAGCCGGAGGGAGCACGCCGCGGUCGCCGUCUCGCCGCCGGUGCAGCGUCACCUCCCUGCCUCCGGAGCGCCGCGGCGUGUUCGAGACCAGAUCCAUAUUCCAGUUCCCGUACCGGCGCUCCUCCAGCGGAUACUUUUCCUGCGAGGGGGACUCGCUGCCCGCCUCGCCGCUCUCCCCGCGGGCCCCCACGGCCACCCGCGCCACGCAGACCCCCAGCCCCUCUGCCCAGGUGGUCGAGCACGCCCUGCUGCGCGUGGCCGAGGAGCCAGGAAGUUCCGCCAGGCCCUCUAGCGCGAGGCUACGAGGCCCAGCGGGGGCCAUGCAGGCUGUGGAAAUCGGACGAGAGCUUCGACGCAUCGGAGAUGACUACAACCACUAUAUUCUGAGGGGAGCGGCGGGCAGGCGGGUCGUGAUCCACCAGAACCAGUUGCUGCCGCACAUCCACCAGGAGCCCGCCAUCCUUCUCUGCAUGGGCCUCCUGAUCUUUUUGAUCGGACGGUACUUGCACGGCAUCGCCAACGGCCAGUUGGACCAGUCUGCGGUUUAGCCGCGGGAAGACCCAGCAGACGUAGCGUCGUUUCGGAUCCGACCAUCAUCUUCUUUCAUUCUUUUUUUUUUAGGAACCUAAUUUUUAAGCUUUAGACUGUCAAAAAAUGGAACUACCAGGAACUCUAAAAUGUGUGGAUUUUUCUGCUUUUGCGCUUCCUGUGUUUUUCCCUCAUUGUCGCCGAGCCUUUGAGACGCAACCAAAGAGUCGGGAAUUUGCACUCCCUUCCAAAAAAAAAGAUGCCGCCUCUGGAAAUCCAAACGUGCCUUGUACAUUCCCCCUGUAAGUUUCUCUUUCGUUUACCUUUUUUUUUUGUUUGUUUUCUCUGUGCCGUUUUGCCGCGUUGGUGAGUCAACUCUGCAGACCCAGGGUUGUUAAAUUAUAUGGGUCCAAUUCCCUGGACGACGAAAGGGAACUUUUACACUUUUACACAUCUACCGUUCCUAGCACACAUGUCCGUUUUUAGAUACGUAGCUCCUCCUACUACAAACCCCGUUUCCUUAUGAGUUGGGAAAUUGUGUUAGAUGUAAAUAUAAACGGAAUACAAUGAUUUGCAAACCCUUUUCAACCCAUAUUCAAGUGAAUGCACUACAAAGACAACAUAUUUGAUGUUCAAACUCAUAAACUUUAUUUUUUUUUGCAAAUAAUUAACUUAGAAUUUCAUGGCUGCAACACGUGCCAAAGUAGUUGGGAAAGGGCAUGUUCACCACUGUGUUACAUCACCUUUUCUUUUAACAACACUCAAACUUUUGGGAACUGAGGAAACUAAUUGUUUAAGCUUUGAAAGUGGAAUUCCUUCCCAUUCUUGUUUUAUGUAGAGCUUCAGUCGUUCAACAGUCCGGGGUCUCCGCUGUCGUAUUUUACGCUUCAUAAUGCGCCACACAUUUUUGAUGGGAGACAGGUCUGGACUGCAGGCGGGCCAGGAAAGUACCCACACUCUUUUUUUACGAAGCCACGCUGUUGUAACACGUGCUGAAUGUGGCUUGCCAUUGUCUUGCUGAAGAAAGCAGGGGCGUCCAUGAAAAAGACGGUGCUUAAAUGGCAGCAUAUGUUGUUCCAAAACCUGUAUGUACCUUUCAGCAUUAAGGGUGCAUUCACAGUCCAUCUUAGAUGAUCUCGGGCCCAGAGAAGCCAGAGGCGUUUCUGGAUGUUGUUGAUAAAUGGCUUUCGCUUUGCAUAGUAGAGCUUUAUCUUGCUCUUACAGAUGUAGCGACGAACUGUAUUUAGUGACAGUGGUUUUCUGAAGUGUUCCUGUGCCCAUGUGGGGAUAUCCUCUAGAGAUUGAUGUCGGUUUUUAAUACAGUGCCGUCUAAGGGAUCGAAGGUCAGAGUCAUUCAAUGUUGGCUUCCGGCCAUGCCGCUUACUUGGAGUGAUUUCUCCAGAUUCUCUGAACCUUUUGAUGAUAUUAUGGACCGUAAAUGUUGAAAUCCCUAAAUUUCUUGCAAUAGCACUUUGAGAAACGUUGUUCUUAAACUGUUUGACUAUUUGCUCACGCAGUUGUGGACAAAGGGGUGUACCUCGCCCCAUCCUUUCUUGUGAAAGACUGAGCAUUUUUUGGGAAGCUGUUUUUAUACCCAAUCAUGGCACCCACCUGUUCCCAAUUAGCCUGCACACCUGUGGGAUGUUACAAAUAAGUGUUUGAUGAGCAUUCCUCAACUCUAUCAGUAUUUAUUGCCACCUUUCCCAACGUCUUUGUCACAUGUUGCUGGCAUCAAAUUCUAAUGUUAAUGAUUAUUUGCAAAAAAAAAUGUUUAUGAGUUUGAACAUCAAAUAUGUUGUCUUUGUAGCAUAUUCAACUGAAUAUGGGUUGAAAAGGAUUUGCAAAUCAUUUUAUUCCAUUUAUAUUUACAUCUAACACAAUUUCCCAACUCAUAUGGAAACGGGGUUUGUAUAAAAAUAACAUGAAAUCCAGAUUAUUUUUUGUUUGCCAAAACAAAAACAAGUAUUUGAUCAAACUUUUAGUGUGAACAAAUUAAGUCUCCUUCGUAUGUUGAUAUGAAACGACCGAAAAAAAAAGAAACAGCUUCAAAAUGAGGCAUUUGUGCAACCACUAGAUCCAAACCACCGGUGUGACCAACCACUCAAGCUUUCUAGGACCGGUGAUCAAACGCCACUUUUCUUUAGCAUCACCAUCGUCAGACUGAAAGUGGCUGUCACAGAUCCAUUUCUUUUCCGUUUAAAUAAGGAGUGUCCAAACUUUUUGAAUUGGGCUAAUAAAAAAAUUGGUCAAGGCCGAAA